AUGGAGGACCCGGAAAAGAAACUGAAUCAGAAGGGCGACGACAAACCCAGAAAAGUACGAUUUAAAAUCUCCUCUUCCUACAGUGGCCGAGUGUUGAAGCAGGUGUUCGAGGAUGGGCAGGAAUUAGAGUCACCCAAAGAGGAAUACCCUCACAGUUUUCUCCAGGAGGCCCUUGAACCAAUGGAUGGGGUUUAUGGGUCGGGGAGCCCCAAGCCGCAAUUGUACUCUCCUAAGCUGACUGCUCAGAGGAUCAGCGUGUUCAGGGACGGCAGUGCCUACGCUCUGGCGGGGAGCCAGCCUCUGUUCAAUGACUACAAGGCGAAUGACCAUAAGCCUCCACCUAUUAUAGACUUUGGGAAGAUAAUCAUCUAUACAAACAACCUGAAAAUCAUCCGAACCCCGAUGGACAAAAGGGACUUCAUGAGGAAAAUCCUCCAGAAGGAAGAGGCUGCAGAAGAAGAGGCUCUGAUGAGCACAGGAGAAAACGAUGGAGACAGGGAGCAAAACGACAGUCCCCUGCCGGAGACCGAAGGCACAUUUCUCCAUAAUCAGCACACACAGGAUGGGUUGGUCCCUGAGGACAGCUGUCUCCACUGCCAGGGGUCGGGCAUCGCCACCUGCUCUCUGUGCCAUGGCAGCAAGUUCUCAAUGCUGGCUAACAGGUUCAAGGAGUCCUAUCGAGCCCUCAGGUGCCCUGCCUGCAACGAGAAUGGCCUGCAGCCUUGCCGAAUUUGCAGCCCGUAGUCUGUCGCCCUGGUUUUCCCAUCUGCUUUCCUUGCACUCUCACAUGCUACUCCUAAUAACCCGUCCCUCUUCCUCCUGCUUCUCUCAGAAAGGGAGCCGCUGCAGCUGCAGUCGCUCCUACCACUGGCAAAUCUCAAGUCAUUUGAUGGCAUUUUGUGGAGCCGGUAACAUCUCCGCAUGGGUCUAAGUAACAGGGGCACGUUUGAAUUAGAAUCUGCUUUGGAACUGGAUCUAAAAUUAUCCUUCCAGGCACACGUGCAUGCCUCUCAUUUGAUUUAGCUCAGUCUUCCCCCUGCACCAGUGAACAAAUAAAUAAAUGUACCCUUCAGGCAGCAGGUUGAAGUCAUUUUCCGGGCUGGGAGUUAUUUUGCAAAAAUAAUGUGGUGAAAAAGGAAUCAAGAAGUGGAUUUCCAAUGAACCAGAUUCCUGUUGCUCAUAAUGCAUCCGAAACGGUCAUUGGUCAAAUUGAAUUUCUAAUGAAGCAGAAGAGGGGAGG